AGAUACCAAAACAACCGUUCUCUGUGAGUGACGUUCUCCGAAUUCUGAAUGACCCGGAACGUGCUGUGGAAGUAAUGGAAGUGGGCUCGCAGAGAAAUUCGAAGGCUGGCUGGACUUUACAGAAGUGGGUAGAAUAUUACAACACGCCAGCGGAAGAGAGGGAAAAGAUCUUCAAUGUAAUUAGCCUGGAGUUCAGUGGCACGCCAUUGGCGCGCAAAGUCCUGUCACCUCAGAUUGUAAGAGAAAUCGAUUGGAUCGAUCACGUUUGGCCGUCCCCACGAAGUAAACCACGAGUUCAAAAGUACUGUUUAAUGGGCGUUCAGGAUUCUUAUACAGACUUUCAUAUUGAUUUUGGAGGCACUUCAGUCUGGUAUCAUGUUGUCAAUGGUCAGAAGGACUUUUUCUUCAUUCCGCCUACAACCCAAAAUCUAUCGAUUUAUAAACGUUGGGCAAAUGGGCACAGUCAAUCUCGGAACUUCCUGGGCGACCAUGUCGAGCAAUGCUAUAAAGUUUCGUUGUUCCCUGGUAAUACACUCUUUAUUCCGUCAGGUUGGAUUCACGCAGUCUACACGCCAGAGGACUCCUUAGUGUUCGGUGGGAACUUCAUUCACGAGCACGCUGUAAAUAUGCAGCUGACAGUAUAUACAAUGGAGCUAUCAAUGCGAGUAAAACCUCGCUUCCAGUUCCCCAUGUUCGAGAGGAUGAUGUGGUUUGUGGCAGAGAAAUACCAGCAACGCUUCAGAAAUGUCGAUCCUCAAGUUGCGACGGCUAUCGUGACCGACUUCAUCAGCUUUGUGCGGGUGGUACGUCACGCCCUGGCUACUAGAGCCGCUUAA